AUGGGGAAGAAGUUUGGGAUGGAGAAGAAGUUUGGGAUGGAGGAGAAGUUUGGAACGGAGGAGAAGAACCGAAGUAUGGAGAAGAAAUUAAGGAAGAAGAAGUUUAGGAAGGAGACGAAGUCAAGGAAGAAGAAGUUUUGGAUGGAGAAGAAGUUAAGGAUAAAAAAGAAAGUAUGGAUGGGGAAGAAGUUUGGGAUGGAGAAGAAGUUUGGAAUGGAGAAGAAUCUACUAAUUAAGGAAGCGGAUGAAGUUAAGGAGGAUGGAGCAGAAGUUAGGGAAGGAGAAAGAGUUAAGAAUGAAAAACAAGUUAGGGAAGGAGAAGAAGUUAAGGAUGGAGAACAAGUUAAGGAAGCAGAAGAAGAAGUUAAGGAUGGAGAAGUAGUUUGGGAUGGGGAAGAAGUGAAGGAAGGAGAAGAAGUUAAGGAAGAAGAAGAAGUUUUGGAUGGAGAAGAAGUUAAGGGUAAAGAAGAAAGUAUGGAUGGGGAAGAAGUUUGUGAUAGAGAAGAAGUUUGGGAUGGAGGAGAAGUUUGGAAUGGAAGAGAAGAACCGAAUUAUGGAGAAGAAAUUAAGGAAGAAGUUUAG